AGAUUUUCAAGGCCUAUUAGAGGCCAAUGAAAGACCCAAUGAGACAAAACCCAGCUCAACCCAAGUGCCUUUCUUCUUCUCUGAUUUUGGGUCGGUAAACACUGACAGCGUUAGUGCGUUAGUGAAAGGCAAGGACUGGCUUAUUACCAACGCGUGGGCGCAGCUAAAGUGGGCCGCUGUGUGAAUUAUAACUGAAGUGCUACAGCCAGCGGCAGAGGUUUCGAGAUCCCAACUCAGAUCUCUUUCAAAACCUUUGCUUUUACAGUCCUAACCAAGAUGUUCAAAAAAUUUUCAUCUGAAGAUGUGUCUUCACAAAACCAAGUCAAAGCAUCUGUGCAGCGAAAAAUUCGGCAAAGCAUUGCAGAGGAGUACCCAGGACUUGAACCUGUGUUGGAUGAUUUGCUACCAAAGAAGGCACCAUUAAUUGUUGUAAAAUGUCAAAACCAUUUAAAUCUGGUAUUGGUGAAUAGUGUUCCACUAUUCUUCAAUAUUCGUGAUGGACCAUACAUGCCUACUCUCCGACUUCUUCACCAAUAUCCGAACAUAAUGAAAAAGUUGCAAGUGGAUCGCGGUGCGAUAAAAUUUGUCCUUGCUGGUGCAAACAUAAUGUGUCCUGGUCUUACAUCCCCUGGUGGUGCUUUGGAUGAUGAAGUGGAAGCAGAAACGCCUGUGGCAAUAAUGGCUGAAGGAAAACAACAUGCCCUUGCUAUCGGCUUUACCAAAAUGUCAGCUAAAGACAUAAAGGCAAUCAACAAGGGAAUCGGGGUAGACAACAUGCAUUAUCUCAAUGAUGGUCUAUGGAAGAUGGAGCGGCUAGAUUGAGCAUAUCUGCUGGGAACAACUGCUGCCAUGCCAGCCAAGUAAAAGUUAGAGAGGCUUGAAGAAAGAAGUUACAUACUUGUGGUCCUUCUCUUUUGAGAUGUUUGUAUCUACAUGAAUCUUUUCGCUUGUGUUGAUGUAUCUUGUGUUUCCACACAUUUCAUGUAAUUUUGCAUUUGUGGGUAUCUCUGCAGAUAUUCGAAUGAAUGCUUAUUAAAACCAUGGACUUUUUAAUGGAUUGAAGACAAAUGCAGCUGCUAAAA